ACAGCGCAUUCAUUCAUUACGUCAUAGCAAAACAUGAAUCACAUUUAAAAAUCAUAACAAAUAAAAUCUUAUGGAACGCAGUCAGCUGAUAACAGAUAAUUCGGUGUUGACUAAUUUUCCAUACAAUUAUUUAUUACUUAUCGCUUAUUACGUACUAAAAUUACACCCCUUUAAAACGUUUUUAUAACCUCAAUUACAUUCUAGCUUUCACUUCGUGCACAAAAGAAUUUUAUUCGUUUCCAUUGAUCUUUUCAGUUAUGAUUCACAGCUGAACAGUUCAUAAGUAUUUAAUCAAAAAUGGUUUUACCGCACGAACCCUCCAUCAACGUCUUGGAAAGUGACAGUGAGAGUGAAGAGGAUAGUGUCGUGGAAGAGGACGAAGAUGACCUCACCAAAAUCAUACCGCCGCAAAUCGAGGACACCAAACGAAUCUUAAAGGCCAGACACGUCCUCGGCAUUCUCGGCUUUUUAGGUUUCGCGAACGUCUACGCGAUGCGGGUGAACUUAUCCGUGGCUAUUGUGGCGAUGGUAAAUCACACGGCGAUGGUUACCAACGUUACCAACAACACUUUCGAUAACUGUCCCAUUCCAGCCAGUACGAACACGACUAUAAAACCUCAGGUGAGACAAGAUUGCGGUGUAUGGGGCCUGGUAUAGGCAAAAGUCUCUCGAGCAGAUUGGGCUGUCCUCCUGAGCUUUCUUGCUCCAGUCCAGGGUUCUAGAAGGCAGAGAAAAGUGCUAGACAGCUUUUUAGGCUGCUCUGGGUGAUUUUCAGAGCAACCUUCAUAUUUGUAACAGAAGAAUCCGAUCGUAUACCAUAUUUUGAAAUCUUUCGGGAAGAGUGCUAUGGGCCUUUUCGUUCAAAAGGGCCUGUUGUAUACAGGGUGUCCAAUGUAGACUGUUAAGGGAAAACCAAUGCGAAUAAUUGUACAUAGAUGUAGAUUACUCAUGAAAUUUCCUGCUGUUUAUUGAUCCUCCUAAAUGUGAUUAUUUUAUAAAGUAGUUUUAGAAAUUAAAUAUACAGGGUGUACAUUCCAUACAUGCACUGUAUAUGAUAACAUUGAAAUCCUUUGAUCUGUCCCUGUUCCAAAACAUAAAAUUGAGAUGAAUAGUUCAAGGUUGUGGCAAGUUAUGCCUUUUGGGUUGCCUAUACGUAUGUGGUAUGUAGAAGAAAUUAAGAUCAGUAGCGGGCGAAAACACACAUUUAUCUGGCCAUUUUAAACGUUUUGCAGCUUAACAAUAUAUUCUGUGAUUCCGAACAUAAAAUGCAGAAUCAGUAACGUGUGUCCAUUUGAAACUUUUUGCAGCAAAAUAACAGAAAUAAGUAUAUGAUCGUACGAUUCUGUCGUGCUCCGCAGAUGUUCUGUUUCGGUCAGUUGUUUUGUGCACCGUGACUCCCUCAGCAACGCGCAAGCGCUUUAAUGUCAAUUUUGCCCGUUUCCUGUUCACUCCAUGUGUUCACUAAAGUUUACUCAUGUGGUAGUUGGUAGUCAGGUAUCAGUUUCAGUUAAAUUGGUAAAAAUUUUGUUACUUUGCCUUUGUGUUUUGUUUUUGCGGCUGAGGAGCUAUAACCUAUAACAAUUAACAAAGACUUGUAACUCGAGGAGAACAGAAAACGAGACUCAGGAAAAUGGCUGAGUCAACAGCCAUCCCCAUGACAACAAAUGAGGAGAUUGACGCAGUAGAUGUGGGUGAUAAUACAAUGGAAAUAAUAGCCUAUGUGGAUUCCAUUGAGGGAAUAAAAUAUGUGAGCAAAAAUAAAGCUCUUUUGAAGUUUAUUAUAAACAAUGGCACUGGCAGAAGAAUAAGAGUCUUAGCGUGGGAAGAGAAUGCGAAAAGUUAUGAAAAUAAACUUUCGAUCCACCAGAUUAUACACAUCCAACGUGGACUCUUUCUUCGGGUCAAUCCAAACUACUUCCGUAAAGAGGAAAACUUGAUUCCGUUUGAGAUUUCAUUGACUAAGAAUUCAAAAGUUGACUUCUUAGGAAAAUAUGCAACAGAAGCACGUGAAAUGUGUAAAGUUGUCUCAACCACAAUCAAAGAUUGUGCUUCUAUUGAAGGGAAAUUGAGUCUAGAUGCGUAUAUUAAAGUGACUUUUGAACCAGAAACCACAAGCCACAGCUCAUAUGGCAGUGGUGCCAUCAUGGAAGGCAUAUACAAACUAAGGGUCCGCAUAAGUCACUUCCAUCAAAAUCCGGCCUUAGUUGAAGGGGCCCAUAUAAGAUUGAUUGGGGAAAUAAAAAAAGAUAGAUAUGAUUCGAUAUAUCUACAAGUUGCGGAUAAUAAUGACAUUACGGUUAUUGACGACAAAGUUCUCUCCAAAGAAACAUUGCGUGGUGGAAUCCACACACCGCGAAAAAGGCCACUGCAAGAUGCUAACGACAACGGUGAAGAAAUAGUAGAAAAAUCACCUCGAAUGAAUUUGAAUGAUGGUGCCUUUAAUACAAGUCUUUCACAGGGAUCUUUUGACUUUGAAAACGAAUUCCAAAAUUAAGUCAGAUUGCGAUCUUGAAGAAUUUGAAGAUGAAUAUGCACAGUCAGUUUUCUUAUUGUUUCAGAAUAUAUUUUUAUUUUUCAACCUAAAUUUGAAUGUUAUCUAUUUCAUUUUUGCUAAUAAAUUUUGACAAAUGUUUUAAAU